UUGACUUCCGGGUGUCCGUUCGACGCUGGGCUGUGGCGGCGAGUUAUUUUGUGCUCUUCCCGACACUUUUAAAGUCAAAAUGAAUCGUAUUUUUGGAAUGGGGAAACCGAAAGGUCCAGCGCCGAACCUCACGGACUGUAUUGGAACCGUUGAUUCCAGGACAGAGUCCGUGGACAAGAAAAUCGACAAACUGGAUGUUGAGCUGGUGAAGUACAAAGAUCAGAUGAAGAAGAUGAGAGAUGGGCCGUCUAAGAACAUGGUCAAGCAGAAGGCGAUGAGGGUCCUGAAGCAGAAGAGAAUGUACGAGGGCCAGCGGAACAACCUCAUGCAGCAGUCCUUCAACAUGGAACAAGCCAACUACACCAUCCAAACCCUGAAGGACACCAAAACAACAGUGGAUGCCAUGAAAGGCGGCCUGAAGGACAUGAAGAAAGCCUACAAGACUGUCAAACUUGAUCAAAUCGAGAAUAUUCAAGACCAGAUGGAGGACAUGAUGGAGGACGCCAAUGACAUCCAGGACGCGCUGGGAAGGAGCUACGGCACACCUGACAUCGAUGAGGACGACUUGGAAGCAGAACUGAGCGCUCUGGGAGACGACUUCCUGAUGGAUGAGGACACCUCCUACUUGGACGACGCCGCCACCGUCCCUUCCAUCCCCGAGGGUUUGCCUGGAGCCAGAUCCAACAGGGACGGCGUCAUGGUGGACGAGUUCGGCCUUCCUCAGAUUCCCGCUUCAUAAAAGCCGAGUCAGGACACAUGUAUCAUAGCUUUUUCUUCCUCUAUUUAUCCAACUGACACUCCUGCUUUGGAAGGACGCCUCUGAAGCCAAAGAUGCAAUCACUAACAAGGACCUCAGGUUUUUCUUAUCACUCUUCAUGAUUCAUAUACGAGCUCGACCAGGGGUGUCCAAUUUCGGCCCGCAGCUCCUUUUUUAUUGGCCCUCGGCAGAUUGUAAAAAUUACGUAAAUUCAUUAUUAUCGUGAUGUUAUUUGUAAUCCUCUCAAAUGGUGAAAUCAUAAUCAGACUUUUGAAUUAGCAUUAAUCAUGAUUAAUCACAAGUAUCAACAUUUUUUAACACCAACAAAGCAAGUAUGCUUGGUAGAAAGCACUUAACCAAAGUAAGGUUCCACUCUUCCAAAAUGAGCUAGUUUGCAUUGGAUAUGCCAUGGACAGGCUACCAUUAGCGAUUUCAACACCUUCAAAUGUAGUAAUGGAAACUAAAACUAAAAGGAAUGUUACAACUGAACAGCUGAUGUGUAAUGAGCGAAAUACAGUAUAAACACUUUGUAGGGCGCAACAUAACACAUUCAACUUACGAGUAAAAGCUACUUCCUCAUUAGACCACAUGCCAUAGUUAGCCUAUACAGCACUGCCAUCUAAUGUCUUGGAAGUGCAACUGCAUUGCAAAUGACUCGCGUAUAUGAAAGAAAGAUAAAAGACCUGAACAGCAGUUGGCAUAAUCAGCUGAUUUUUUAAUGUUACAUUAAAAAAAAAAUUUUUUUUAUCAAACAUUAACACACACACAAAUAUUGAAAAUUGGUACCUUUGAGUACCAGUAUCGCAUCAAAUGUGAGAGGUACUCAUCACGAAUUUUGCAAUUAACUUAAUUUAAAAAAGACCCUAAUGUUUGGUCAUAAGUGCAAUUUUAUUGUUAGAAUAGUUUAAUUAAUCUGCAUGUAUACGUGAUUAAUGCAAUAUUUGUUGUGAUUAGGGUUGCAAAAUUCUGGGAAUAUUCAAAGUUGGAAACUUUCCAUGGGAAUAAACAUUGAAUGCAACAUGAUUAUUCGCUAAACAACCUGAUUUAAUGCAAAUUCAGUAGCAUUUCAACCCUGGACUGUGCAUUCCUCCAUCACAUGUGCAGUGCAUUCUUCCAUCACAUGCACAGAUCAUUCCCAGCAUGCUACACACGACAGCAGGGCUAUUGAGGCCACACUAGUAUUUGAGCCCAAGGACUUCAUCCAGUCAGGUAAGUUUUGAUGAUAUUACUGGGGUAAAUCUAUUUGAUAGAGGUGUAAUUGCUUGUUACUGUAUGACUGUGGACUACUCCAGCAGACUUCCACUCAAGCUAGCUAGCUGUUCCUGUACUUGUUAAAUGAUUUUGGGGCCAAAAUCUCUAGCUAGCUAUGUUUAUGUACCACCACAGUCUCGUAAUGAACCGAAAAUAUUUCUCCGUUAGCCGUGAUGCUAAUUUUCUCUAUGUUAAAUCCCAUUCACUUAUGCUAACAUUAGCGAUCCGAAUUUACCUUUUUUGUGAUCUGUAAAGUCCAACUAGCAAAUACUAAAUCAAAAGGUCUGUUCUGCUAGCCAUUCUGUUGUCAUACAAGAAUGUAGGUUAUAGUUUGACUUAGCAUGCUGAUUGAGUGUUCAUUUAUUCAUCUAGCCUAUUUCUAUUCAUUUGUCCAUCAGUAAAAUAUUUUUAAAGACUACUCCAAUUGUUUAGCUGACUAUAUCUCUGUGUGUAGCAUUGCAUUAGUGUUUUACAAGAAUAAAUAAAUACAAACAGGAUAAUGCCACGUACACCAUCUGAUGUGUGGAGACAUUUCACCCCAACCAAUGUAGGCGGAAAGGCUGUGUACAUUUGCAAAUACUGUGCAAAGAGCUCCGUCAAAAAUGCCACAAAGAUGCAGCAGCAUAUAGACAAGUGCCCAAUAAUAUAUACCGUAUUUUUCAGACUAUAAGUCGGUUUUUUUCAUAGUUUGGCCGGGUGUGCGACUUAUACUCAGGAGCGACUUAUGUGUGAAAUUAUUAACACAUUACUGUAAAAUAUUAAAUAUUAUUUAGCUCAUUCACGUAAGAGACUAGACGUAUAAGAUUUCAUGGGAUUUAGCAAUUAGGAGUGACAGAUUGUUUGGUAAACGUAUAGCAUGUUCUAUAUGUUAUAGUUAUUUGAAUGACUCUUACCAUAAUAUGUUACGGUAACAUACCAGGCACGUUCUCAGUUGGUUAUUUAUGCCUCAUAUAACGUACACUUAUUCAGCCUGUUGUUCACUAUUCUUUAUUUAUUUUAAAUUGCCUUUCAAAUGUCUAUUCUUGGUGUUGGAUUUUAUCAAAUAAAUUUACCCCAAAAAUGCGACUUAUGUGUUUUUUUCCUUCGUUAUUAUGCAUUUUCGGCCGGUGCGAUUUAUACUCCGAAAAAUAUGGUAAUUAUUGUAAUUCCCCAUUAAUCCCCAUAUAUUCCCAUGGACGGUGUCCAACUUUGAAUAAUCAAAAAAUUGUCAAUAUUUCCAAACUUCCCGAGCUUAACUUCCCGUGGUAAAUUUACCGGAAACUUUCCACCCUUUUGCAACCCUAGUUUGAUUAAUCUCAUGAGUUAACUAGGGCUGCAACAACUAAUCGAUUAAAAUUGAUUAUAAAAAUAGUUGGCAAUUAAUUUAGUCAUCGAUUCGUUGGAUCUAUGCUAUGCGCAUGCGCAGAGGCUACUUUUUUUUAAAUUUUUAUAAACCUUUAUUUAUAAACUGCAACAUUUACAAACAGCUGAGAAACAAUAAUCAAAAUAAGUAUGGUGCCAGUAUGCUGUUUUUUUUCAAUAAAAUACUGGAAAAGGAUAGAAAUGUAAUUUGUCUCUUUUAUCCGAGUAUUAAUCGAAGUAAUAAUCGACAGAUUAAUCAAUUUUCAAAUGAGUUGUUAGUUGCAGCCCUAGAGUUAACCCAUUACUUUAUUAGAGAACACAAAGCUACCGUGGAUGUUUUGCUCUGCUAGCUUAGCAUAUAUUGUGUCAGCAUCUUCAAUGUACAAAAUGUAAACUUGCGUUGGAAAGCAUGAGGACACCCCUGAUCUUUAUAUUCCUGUGCAAAAUGGGAGGUGACUCAAAUCAUCUGCAGAAGUCAAUAAAUUGUAUUUUUCCAAACAA